UAUACAGUAUGUACUUUAUUCAAAAGUACUUUGUCUGAAAAUUUUGCUUUGUUGUUUGUUCUGCUAUUUUUCUACCCAUCACUGCUCAUCAUUCAUUGACGAUUCGUCGAAUCAAAGAAUACUCACAGUAGUUGUAAAUAAACACCAGACAAGAUGACAUCAAAACUGUGGCUGCUAUUCUGUCUACUCACGCUGCAGGAACAUGUGCAUACGGAGACCAAUACCUCUCCACAAGGACUAAAAAAUUUACUAAUAUUUAAUCUAACCCCGGCGGCUACCAAUGAUUCCUGUGCCUAUUUCAAUCUCUAUAAACAUCUCUUCGAAGAAAUGGACAGUCAAAAUCAUCCCAUGAUACAGGUCUACUAUAAUCGUGUCAUACAAAAACUAUACGAUUCCGUGCCAGCCCACAUAUUGUUCCUGCAACUUUGGCAGAUUUAUAAUAAAUGUGAUCCUUCGACAUUUGUGGCCAUGGUAAGGGCGCAAUUGAGCUUAUUUUGGCUGCAUAAUAUGAACGAGUAUCCGGAUAAUGAUUAUUUGCUAAUGGUGGCCAAUGGUUUAUAUAAAAUCAAGAAUUAUUAUCUUUAUAAUAGCCUAAAUACUCGGACCCAAGUACUAUUCGAAAGGGCUAUGAAAAGUCUACCCAAUUCACUACAUAAUUUAUUUGGUCAUCAGGAAUUUUGUCUUAUGAAUCGCAAAUAUCAGGAAAUGUUAUACCAAACCAACAGUGAUGAAUUUGUCACCAAUCAAGAGAUACGUUUCGCUUUCACUUGGCACUUUAUGAAACGUUAUAACGAUGGCAAGGGUAAAAUAAAACCCGUUUUUGAUUACUUCAAUCUAACGUCUUUCGGCGAAGACGAGGAUGAUGAUCUCAUAGAGGAUCAAGAGACUACCGAUUUAGUUGGUAUUCCUUCAACCCUAACUAUAGCAUUAUAUAGCAAACAUUUCAAAAAUUUCUACUCAAGAUGGCCUGUGUAUGAUCAAAAGAUUGGCGGCAAUUUGUCUGGCAUCCCUGAGUUCACCUGGCAACAGGAUUAUCAUGUUUGGUCUGUUAAAAUAGUGGAUGAUGAUCAGCUGGUGUUCUUUCAAAAUCAAUACGUAAUGUGUGCCACUUCAUUUUACGAUAAUAAAAGAAGGUUUGUUUUUGGUGUGAAAAAUCGUUCGCUAUUGGAUACUGAGUGCCAGUGGAGUGCUGGCAAGUGUGAUCGCAGAUAAGUGCAGAGGGCGCAGUGAACAGUAUAGAUUUCUUUUUAGAUUUAAGUGAAUAAUUUUUAAGUGCUUUUUAAACCUUAAGUGUCAAACGAAGUCAUUUAUUUAAUUUAAUAAAAACAUUUUUAAUAACGCAAUCGAAAAGUUUUAAUAAAAAGGUGUAUUGAAAACAUUUCGGACAGGACUAUAUUCAGGGAUAAAGGAGCAAAAGCUAAAGAUAAGACUCGACCUGAACUUGUAUUGAACUGGAACUAGAAAUGAACUAGAACAGAACUAGAACAGAACUAGAACAGAACUAGAACAGAACUAG